CCGCUGAGUUGACCCAUUACAGACAUUAUUAUUAUUAUUAUUUAUAUUGCCGGUGGUCAGUGAUCUCGCUGAGCUGUGAGCACGUUCUUCUGGUGACGCAGCUCUUCUCCACUUCGCAAGCACGUAGCGCCAACGCGAUAUUAUUAUUAUUGUUCCGGUACUCUUCGGUUAAUUAAAUCGCUGCGUGUCGCUAUCAAUGUGCACUGCUUAUCAGCAUGGACGGGAAAACUCGGGGCAUAUUUAUCUCGGCCCGAUGUUAACUUGCCAACUUCGACUGUUUUGGCUUUUUGGCUCCCAACAGUUGGCUCCGGCACGUAGACCCAAACAGAACUCCAACCCGAAAAGGUAACCCACGAUGCGCUCUUCGAUGAAGCUGUUCGCCUGCCAGGUGCUCCUCCUCCUCCUCCUGAUGACGAUCCGGCAGGCGAAGGGUGAGGAGAGCCACUGCACCUCGGUGGCCGGAAUGGUCAAGCUGUUGGAUGUGGAGAAGCACCUCAUUGAUAACCUAGAGGACUAUGCCGUCGAACUGGAGAAAAAGCUGGAAACCGUGAGGAGAAGCAUAACCAGCCUUCGUUUGGAAAACGACAGAGCCCGUGGUUCCACGGAGGAGUAUUUGUCCAAUCCCCUGAACUCAUUUUCCCUCAUACGCCGCAUGAAUCGCGACUGGAUGAUAUGGCAGCUUUAUAUGGACGAUCCCAUCGGACUGUCGCAGGUGGAGCGGAUUCAAGAGCUCAGGGAACAUAUGCCCACCAACACCGAUGUGGAGGAGGCUGUCACUGCCUUGGAUCGCAUUCAAAAUACCUAUGGCUUGAAGAUUUCUGAAAUAGCUCAUGGCCUGCUCAAUGGAAAACAAUACAAUGUGAGUUUCACAGCAUUGGACACCUAUGCCAUGGGUCAAAUACUGUUUGAUCAGGAAAACUACUUGGCAGCUGCUGGCUGGCUCUAUCAGUCCGUUGUUUUAAUGGAGGUUUAUAAACUAGCUGCUCCUCUAGAGCUUUCCAAGACCGAAGUACAAAUGGUCUAUGCUGAAACCUUGCUAAAACUGAACCAAAAUGCGGAUGCUCUGAAAGUUGUCAACAUUGCACUGGCUGAUAAACCGAAUGAUAUUAAACUUUUGCUGAGGAGGUCGGAAAUCGAAACGUUGAUAAGGACGGGCACCAACCAAGCGCCCCUGUUGAAGACUCAGGGAUCAGGGAACACCUACCAGAUGGGCUGCCGAGGUCAGUUCCCAGCGUCCACGGAUGCCAGGCUUCACUGUCGCUACAAUACAACCACCUCGCCCUUCCUGACCCUGGCUCCCUUCAAAAUGGAACUGGUGGGUCUGGAUCCCUAUAUGGUUUUAUACCACGAUGUGCUCUCCGAGAAAGAGAUCAGAGAACUCCAGGGAAUGGCCACUCCGGGCUUGAAGAGAGCCACCGUCUUCCAGGCCUCCUCGGGUCGCAACGAAGUGGUCAAGACCAGGACCUCCAAGGUCGCCUGGUUCCCCGAUUCCUUUAGUCCCCUCACCAAGAGACUAACUGCCCGAAUCACCGAUAUGACCGGCUUUAAUCUCGUCGGCUCGGAAAUGCUGCAGCUAAUGAACUACGGUUUGGGUGGCCACUACGAUAAGCACUACGAUUAUUUUAACCAGAUUAACUCAAAUUUGACUGCCAUGAGUGGUGAUCGGAUUGCCACAGUACUCUUCUAUCUAACGGAUGUGGAACAGGGUGGUGCCACCGUCUUUCCAAACAUCCAAAAGGCCAUCUUCCCCCAACGCGGUUCGGUUAUAAUGUGGUACAAUCUCAAGGACGACGGUCAGCCCGAUACCCAAACCCUUCAUGCCGCCUGUCCCGUAAUAGUGGGCUCCAAAUGGGUGUGCAACAAAUGGAUUCGAGAGCGCGAACAGUUAUUCAGCAGACCUUGUCUCAAAAAGUCAAUGUGAUUCUCAGUGUUAACUAUUUUUAGAAAAGUGAUAUUAUACGACCCCUAGAAACUCAAUAAACUCAAGUCAAAAUC